GUGCGGGCGCGAGUAAACAGUGACCGGGGCGGAAUCGGACCGUGCGGUCUGCCGUCCCCAUUCGCCCGAUGCGCUGAUCCAGCGGGGGCAGGCGACGUGCAUGCCCGCUGCGCGCUCCCGGCGGCCUGAGGCUCUGGGUAAGCCCUCAGGGUUCGGCGGGCUUCAGUAUGCAGCAGUCUCUGACUCAGCAAGCGAGUGGAUUAACACUGCACGACUCAGUAGGGCUGUUCAAUAAAAGAAAGAGAGCCUCUCUGCUGGUGAGCGGCGCCCUUCUCAUCGCCUCGGUGUUAAUUCUGACUGUGGGCUUGGCAGCCACCACACGGACCCUGAAUGUAUCGGUCGGAGGAUACUACCCAGGGGUUAUUCUUGGUUUCGGAUCAUUUCUGGGACUGAUCGGGUCAAAUCUACUUGAAAAUAAACGACAGAUGCUGGUGGCAUCGAUCGUGUUCAUCAGUUUUGGUGUAGUGGCGUCUUUCUGUUGUGCCAUUGUUGAUGGUGUAUUUGCUGCCAGACAUAUUGACAUCAGACCUUUCCAUGCCGGGAGAUGCCAGUAUUAUUCCAGUGGAACUCCAUACCCUUCCGACGAUUAUAAUGCAGAGGUGACAUGCCCGAAUCAGUCACGCGCUCCCUGCAUACUGAAAAUAAAGAGCAAUACCUGUUACUGUUGCGAUCUUUAUAAAUGCGGCAGUCGAGACACUCUGGGUGGCUAUUAUGAAUACAAUGAUGUGGGAAGUUGCCAAGAAGUUAUUCACCUGUAUCACCUGCUAUGGUCGUCGACAAUCCUCAAUAUCGUGGGGUUGUUCCUUGGAAUCAUCACCGCAGCGGUCCUUGGUUCCUUCAAAGACAUGCAGACACCGACUGCUUCUCGUAUUACCUACGCCCCUGAGCCACCGCCUCCGCCAAUAAUGUGCGAUCCUGGACAACAGGUGUUGGCCUACACAAACUUCUACCCUGGGCCGCCGCAUCUGCCACCUUACAGCCCGUACGAUAUACAGCAUCCCAGUAUAUUCUCAGCCUCGACACCGUCUGAUGAUUCACAGUCCAUUUCACAGUCUGCUUCAAGUUACAUGUGGCCACCAAACACUCCUCCUCGCUACUCCCCAGCAUACUUCCCACCCGAUGAAAAGCCGCCGCCUUACACGCCGUAGAUCUGUGACCUUCCUCCCGUGACCGGCACAGACUUGGUCGCGCUGAAGACCUCUAUGACAAGAGCAGCGGCCGCACGGAUCACCAUGUGACUCCGCGCGAUUCCUCUCGCCACCCGCUCUCGCUGCAGUGAGUUUUACGAGAGGAACUUACCUGUACAAAACAAAAACAAAACCAUCAGCAUAUCAUCCUGCUACCUAUUGUUAAGGGUAUGUUAAUCUUUAUUUGUUGGAAAAUAAUUCACUUAUUACUCAAGGUUACUGUGAAUAAAAAGCAAAGAAACAAUUUUGGAAAUUCAAGGCCCAUUGGCGGUGUCAUUUAACCCUUGAUCCAAUGAAGAAACGAGCUUAAGGAGUUAACUGCUCCAUCCUAUUUUCCUAGGUUGCUAAUUUACUGAUAAAGGCAGACAUACUGUAUGUACUUUAUAAUUGAUAGUAUAUUUUUAGCUUUAUGGUAUUAACUUUCCCUGUGACUUUUUUUAACCCAUUGAAAUCCCUACUUUUUACUAAUCUGCAUUGCUCUUUACAAAGAUAUUGUGUAUAUUCUUGGUGUCUAGGUAAAUGAUACAAUGCUGCUGUUAUUAAGUAGAUGUGUACUAACAGAGGCUUAUUUUCAUACUACGUACUGGUGGUACACCAGGUUGGUGUGCUAGAAUAUUAGUCCAUUAUCUCUCCUCCUUACCACAGCACGAGCCACACAGACUGAGCUUGGUUGUUCUGUUGAGCGGAUUUCCAUGUGGUCUCUCCCUUUCUCUCUCUCUCUCUCUCUCUCUCUCUCUGGGCAUUGCACUUAAGCCGUGCACGCUUGCACUAAACGGAGAAAAUCAUCCGGGUUUCCAACUCUUAAUUCCUUGUGCGAAGGUAGCAUUAGAAAACAGAGGAUAAGGCUCAGAUUUUCCGUGGGUCAGUAUUCACAGGAGGAAUGGUCCUAAUGUUCUUAAAAGGAAACAAAAUGCUUGUGCUUAGGAGAGAAAUUAAGGAAAUUUAAUUUCCUUUUCACGACUGAAACACAUCAAGCAUCUUCCUUGAAGCAAGGAGGUAAAGUCAUAAAAAAUAAAGUUAUGUUAUUAGUAGCUGAACUCUCUAGCAAUAACUCUUUUGUGGCAUUAUUAAAGCAACUACAGGAAUAUUAUCUGACAAAAUCUGAUACCAAGCCACAGUAGGGUAGAUUGCUAAAAACUUGGUGAAAGAGGUGAAAGAGUUUGUUAAAGAAAUAGAGAGAGAUGGAGCAGGGGACAGACUUAGCUUACAUCCUUGGCAGCUGAAGACAGUGAUAGAGUUGAGCAAGCAGCCGAGAUUAGUGGAAAUCAGAUUAACUGAGGCUGGAGAAUUGGAAUUGGAAUUGGUUUGGUAUUGUCACAUGUACCGAGAUACAGUGAAAAGUGUCUUGUGCAUACACGGUGCACUGAGGUAGGACAAGGUGAAACAAUAACAAUACAGAAUAAAGCAUAACAGCUACAGAGAAAGUGCAGUGCAGGUAAACAAUAAGGUACAUCAUCAUAUCGAGGUAGAUUGUGAGAUCAAGAGUCCAAUUUACCUUACUAGGGAACUACUUCAUAGUUUUCUAACGGCGGGAUAGAAGCUAUCCUUGACCCUGGGGGUAUGUGCUUUCAGGCUUUUGUAUCUUCUACCCAGUGGAAAAGGGGAGGAGAGAUAUGUCUGGGUUGGGUGGGGUCUUUGAUUACGCUGGCUGUGUUACUGAGGCAGCGAGAAGUAUAGACUUGAGACAUGAGGUGCCGAGUCUGCAUCUUCUUGUGAUUUAAUAGAUACGUUCCUGAACCGAGAGAAGGCACAUCUACAAGAACAGAGAUGAGGAGCAAAUGGGACUUGGUGGGAGUUUGGCCGGCUGCUUACUGAACACCACCUCCACAGAGAUCCGAUGGUUUUCUGAUGACUCAAUACUGUGCACACUUUUUGUGGCCAAAUCAGGGAACAGAAAAUAUUUUCUUUGAUGACUGCUUAAGAGGUGACAACUGAAAAAAAAUGUGUUUGUGCUGUAGAAGAAGACAAAUACCUCUAUUAAUUGUGGUAAUUUUGAAAAAUCACUCGGCAUACUCCCUUCUCUGUGGACAUUGAUGGGAGUGGUAAAGCUACAUAAGCACUGAUUAUACUAUUUAAAAGCAUUCAAAUCAUGCCAUUAAAAUG